AUGGAUCCUUCGCAGUCUACUUUCAAAGUCGCCGUCGUUGGUGGUGGUAUUGUUGGCUCAGCUUUGGCCUACUUUCUGUCUAACUCUUCCUAUAGUGGAAAAGAAAUCGUUCUCAUUGAUCGUUCUCUGGGACAAUUGAAGGGUUCCACUGGCCAUGCUCCUGGGUACAUCGGUCAAUACAACGAAUCCGAGGCUCUUACUCGCCUGGCUAUAGAGACCGUGAAGGAGUACUCAAAGAUUCCGGGAGGGUUUGAAAAGAUUGGAGGCCUUGAAGUUGUAACCAAGUCUGAAGGUCUCGAGAAGCUGAAGGUCAGACAUGAGUCGGCGCAGAAAGUUGGCCUGGCUGCCGAAAUGCUAUCUCCAGAGCAGGCAGUCCAACUGGCACCGGAUCUUGUGAAGAACGACGACAUCUUGGCUGCACUGCACUUUUCCAGUGAUGGAGCUGCAAAUGCAAUCAAGAUAACAUCCUUCUUUCAGGAGAAUGCGCGAAAGAAUGGCGUUCACUUCCUGGAGGCAGAUGUAAAAGAAAUAAGUCGACUCGACGGUUGCCUGGACGGUAUCGUGACAUCUGCCGGACCACUCAAGGCCGAGAAGGUGGUAGUUGCCACUGGUAUCUGGGCAGAGAAUCUCUGUCGCUUCGAUGUGCCAAUCCCAGUCAUUCCUGUUGCGCAUCCAUAUAUGUAUGGUGAGCAGCGAGUGUCGAAGUCGCGAAAGUCACCCUUCGUCCGAUGGCCCGAAUACCAUGUAUAUGCUCGCGAUCAUGGCACAGCAUACGGACUUGGCUCUUACGACCACCAGCCGCUUCACAUCAAACCUACCGACUGUGCAGAGGGCGACUGGAUUGACGCAUUCGACGCAACACUGGAGCGAGCUCGCAGUCUGAUCCCAGCGGAAACAAAGCUGACAGUAAAGGAGAAGUUCAAUGGCAUCUUUUCAAUGACGCCAGACAACUUGCCCUUGGUCGGACCUAUCUCGUCAAUCCCAGGCCUUUAUGUGGCGGUUGCAGUGUGGGUUACACAAGCAGCUGGAUCCGCUAAAUUCUUGACCAAAAUGAUGCAAGAGGAAGAAGUCGAUGAGGCAUUGAAGAAGGCCCUUGACCCCAACAGAUUCCGGGGUAAGUCGAUGGACGAUCUCAAGGAGGUGUCACUGGCGGGAUAUAACAAUAUCUACAAGACACAAGAAAACCAGUAA